AUGGGAGAACCUGGACUACCUGGCCAACCUGGUAUUGAUGGCGAAAAUGGUCUGGAUGGUCAACCAGGACGAAAUGGAAUACCUGGAGAAAAUUCUGAACAAGAUUAUUCAUCGCAAAUAAUGGAACCAUGCAUCAACGAAUGUGUACCAGGACCUCCUGGUCCAGCAGGACUUCCCGGUGAUAAAGGUCCCAGAGGAUAUGCGGGUGAAACAGGUGAACCAGGAAUCCCAGGAAAACCUGGAAAAAAAGGAUUACCAGGAAAACAAGGACCAAAAGGUCCAUCAGGAAUAAUAGGACGAAGAGGAAAUAAAGGAGAAGCGGGAAAACUUGUAUCUAGUAUAGGAUUACCUGGAUCACCUGGUCGUCCCGGUGAAAUGGGACCGCCAGGAAUAUCAGGACCACCUGGUGAAAAAGGACAACCUGGAGAAGAGGGUGUAAUGGGAGCACCAGGUGAUGAAGGUAGUGCAGGUUCAUAUGGAAAGCCAGGAAUACCCGGUGCACCAGGACCAAUUGGAGAAGCAGGCGCAAAUGGUAGUUGUGAUCAUUGUCCAAAACCACGAUUACCACCUGGUUAUUAUUUAUAA